AUGAGGUCCAUUCUGACGCCUUACGAUGACCCACCCAUCUACCAGCUGCCGGAAGAGUUACUGCUGCAGGUCGCCUCUUAUCUUCCCGACUCAGCUGCACCCACGUCCCUCAAGGACCUGUGCCUCACGUCCCGCAGAUUUCGCUCUGUCGCCCAAGAGGCCCUUUACACCGCAGUGAAGCUGUUCAUGUCAUGUGGAUGUCACCCCAAGGUGAGCUCCCUUCUGCGGCUGCUGCGUACUCUCUUGGACCGCACAGACCUUGUCGCAAAGAUCAGAACCCUGCGCGUUGGGACAAUUCGCAAGAACGUCGCGAAGCUCUGUGAAGAGCAGGACUUCGACCUCGCGUCUUUACGCAUGCGAAGCUUGGCAAAGCUGGAACAGAUGGGACAUCCUACGUCGCAUCCUUGGCAUCGGACCAUCCGAAACUCAAUAGAGUCGGGAUUUGCUGGACUGCUGCUCGUACUGCUUCCCAACCUCACACACCUUGAAGUCUGGGUGAAAGAUCAUCAUCGCGGUCCGCCAUCAGGCGAAUGCAUCUCCGGGCUUUUUGGGGGGAUGUUCGCCCCUGCUAACAUCAUUCACGGUUGGAGCACGCUUCGGCAUUUGACUACGAGCGACACCCACUUGCUGAAGUCUGGCAUUCACUACGAGAGUCUUACAAGCCUUGAUCUAAAAACGAUUUCCAUUGGUACCAUCCUGCGUCUCAACGGUCGUGGGUGUCUGCAGGGCGCUGAAAACCUUCAUCAUCUAGCUUUAAGUGUCUCGAUACAAUUUGCUGAUCGUCCCCUGAUCGAGAAGGCGGAAAUUCAACUCAGCGACUUGUUCGAAGCUCUCGACUGCAGGCGGCUGCUAAGUCUCAAAAUGCAGCUUAUCAACGACAGCUAUCAUCUCACUGACGAUCGGGAUACCCAGCUUGAUGCAGGCUAUCUCAUAGAUCAACUUGAUAGCAUGCGAGAUAGUCUAGAAACGCUUGCAAUCACGCAUGAAAUAACUGAUGACGACUCGGAUUUAGAAUGGCUGCUGGAAUUGCUGACAAACCAGAAGAGAUCGUUUGAACACUUCACCAACCUCAAGCAUCUUAUCAUCCCACAGUUGUUCAUUUUCAAUGCGGAAUCAGCGGCUUGGCCGAAAGACUGCUGCCAGCCGAAAGAUUUGCCACCAAAACUCGAGACGUUGGAGAUCCUUUACCCCCAAUCAGAGAUGGACGACUGGGUAGCGGGCUUCGUGCCCCCAAUAGAAGAUCAUACCAAUUUGGCCUUAGGCUAUCAUACCAAGCUGCCCUCGGCUUUUCGGAGGAUCACAUUGACGUGUCGCGACGAAGUUGGCUCAUCUGCAUCGUUCUUCACGAAGAACAUAGACGAAAUUUGGGCGAAGAUGGCGAUACUUCUCCGUAUUCAGACGUACGUCAUCUGUCAGACCCAAGGAACCAGAUACAACUUGAUAGAUUUGUACGAAGAGGAAAUGAGCGACAGCGAAGGGGAAACGACUGACAGCGAAGACUACGAAGAGCAUCCUCCACUUGAAUUCUCACUGGAUCAGACGGACUAG